CUUUGUUUUAGCAGCUGACACAGUUUUUACUUUUCACGGAAAUUAUCCUCCUGUUUACUUAUGCAUAGAGCUUCUGAAAAGUUUCCAUCACAACCAUGUUAAUCGACCGACUGGAGAUUAGUAUCAGCGAAAAGCUUGAGCUUGACCUUUAUUCUUGGGACCUUUUGUUCAGGCUGUGUCGCAGAAAUAGCUGUCGCUUGGGUCUUGAAUAUGAGCUUGAUUCUUUUGACUCUGCACUUAUGCUUUUUGUUGAAUAUGAUCUUGGCUGGACUUGGAAGGCGUCGCUGCGGCAUAGUACGCGUCAGCCUUCUUCUGGGCUUUGUAUGCAAGGUAAUGGAGCCUGUGAUACAGUGGGAUGGACAAAUCAGCACCAUUGGUGGUAAUGGUGUAAUGCCAGGCCACGGUUUUCUGGUAGAACUCGUUGAAAACUUAUUCAGCCUUGUGCAUCUCCAAAAGCAAAAGUCCAGCUUUUUAUGUGGGGGGUUUUCGAAACCCAUUUUUUUAUGCAAAAAGACAUCGUCAGAGUUGGCUGAAUCCGCGUCUGCAGCGACACCUGAGACUUUACCCAAGCCCAAGACCAAGCGUGUGCGCAAGAAUCCAUCUGCCCCUGCCUCUUCUCUUCAAAAGAAGCAGCGAACUGAUUAAUACCGUCAACCAUAGUGAUAGUGGUCUAUUGCCACUAGUUUCUAAACACCUUUCAGGUUGCUAUUCGAUCUGUGGGAAGGAUGUCGAUUUACAGGAUAUAGCCUCAUUUUUUCUUUUGGUGUAGCUUUGCUGGGCGCAGUCUUUGUAAAAAGCAC